AUGGACUCGCGGGACCGUUUACUCUCGCCCCAGAAGCAAUCAGACGAUGUCUCUGUGGAUGAAGUUUGGUUUCAACAUCAUCGUGCCCGAGGUCGCCCUGGAAAAUGCUUCUACGUCCUCAAUUUGGCCCUGUUCGCUUUCUCAUGUAUGACUCUACUAUGGCAAGUUAUCUCAUGGAAUGUGCAACUGCACACAAAAAGUCGAAGUCUCAGACAGACUGUCACUUAUUCCCCAAUCCUUGACGACGUCGACAUGACAUUCACCACCAAGAAAAUAGUCGGCGAAGAUGAAGAUACCGACCAUUCAAUCUUCCGUCAACCGCCGUCACCUGCUGUGGACGCCGCCUGGAACAACCUCUCCAACCUUAAUGCCAUCUGGGUUUCCUCCUCGGAUAUCGUCCGCAUGGGCAAAGAUCCGAAGACAGUGGCCAAGUUUCCUGACACAUUCAAUCUCGGCCCCAAUGCUUAUGCGGCGGAAUUAGACAGUUUACACAAAAUCCACUGUCUGAACUCCCUGCGCAAGGAAAUCUAUUUUGACUACUACUUCGGGGACAGAUACCCCGACGGGAAAACGCCAGAGUUGCACCAGGCACAUACCUCCCAUUGCCUGUAUAUUCUCCUGCAACACUUGAUGUGUGAGGCGAGCACAGAUAUUGUGACCAAGGAGUGGGUGGAAGGUCAGAUUCAUCCGUAUCCAGAUUUUAGUAUCAAUAGGAAGUGUGGGGAUUUUGAUGCAUUGCUGAAGUGGCAGGAGGGAAGAAGAGUUCCGAAUGAUAAAUUUCGGGCUUGGAGAAUGCCUGAAGGGCACGUUCCGAAGCCUGUCUCGGAUGAAUUCAAGAGAGUUUUUGGCUAUGGAAAUGGACCUAAUGAUCCAGGACAUUCCUAUCAACAUGAUUAG